AGAGAGGGCGCGGGAGAGAGCUUCAUUAUAAACUGUUAAUUGUGAUAAUUGGAGCAAAGGCUCAGGUGAAAGUGAAAGUGUUUUCUUGCUAGCUCCUAGUUAGCUGCGUGUGACAUGUAUGCUAACAGUUCAAAACUUGUUCAGGAAGACGUUCAUUUGUUUUGUUUACGAACCUCCAGCUGAGCCAUGACGCUGGAUACCUUCUCCUUCCCUCUUCCUGAAACUCGGUUCUUCAGAGCUGACGGGUUCAUCUACAAGUUUAAGAUCAGAGGAGGCAGCAGCUUCAGUGGAGAGGAGUUGAUGGAAGGAAACAGCUUCAAUCAGGAACUGGAGGACAUCAUCAGAACGGUUCUCGGCAACCUGGACAAUCUCCAGCCUUUCUCCAGCACCCACUUCAAUGUCUUCCCUUAUAAGAAGCGGUGGGAGGGAUUAUCUAAGGUGAUGUGCAAACACGAUGAGAAGAACCUGAGCGCCUACCCUUUCAUUCUCAUCCUCUACCUGGAGAAAAACACUCCGAAGGGAACACAUGCAGAGAAGAGGCUGAGUCCAGAGAAAGAGAGAGAGCAUCACUCCAGUGUUUCUAAGCCCCAGUCCAAGCGCACUAAGACUGACUCACCACUAGAGGAGGCCAUACUACUGGAUUUAGUCAAGGAGUUGGAGGCUGAGAGCCAGAUUUCCAUGGUGGGCAGGCUGCACGUGGACAAUCCACAUGAAGAGGGAGAGGUCAAAGAGGAUCCAGGACAUGUUGUCAAGCUGAAAUCAGACGUCAACAUGAUGAGUGAGAGUCCAGGUGAAGUGCAGCCAGGGACAAUACAGGAAAAAGAAGUGGAGGAGGAAGAUAGGGCAGCUUCAGAGAGGUCAGGGUUUCUGACUCGACUGGCCAGCCGAAUCUUCCCUUUCUCCUUGUUCUUCAGAGACGAUUGAGAGACAGGAAAGUAGUUUCUGUAAUGGAGUCUCAUCAGGGUUUGGUUUAGUGGCACAAAACUAAUUGUUUGGCUUAGUUUUAGUUUGGUUAAACUUGUUUUGAUUUCUUCAUGAACUAUAAUCUAUAGAUUUGUUGGUUUGUCUUCAACCUCAACUGAUUCCUUUUUACAUUUGUAUUUGUCAGUAUAGUUUUCUUAAAUGUCCCCUGAGAUCUCUGUUCUUGUUCUCUUAUUGUUCUUGUGACAUUUUACUUUGUAAAGAUUUGUUAUGAAAUUGACAUAUUUAACUAUUGUUACAGAGAUGAAGAGUCUAUUUUUCACAAUAUUUUUUAUUGUAGAUUUCCCCUAAUAUAAGCAAAUAAAUAUUGUAUUGUUGACUCUA